UUAUAAGUAUGUCUUUUGACUUUCUCUCUCUCCUUAUAACCAAACCUAAAUAAACCAGGAAAAUCCUCUUUGUGCCUUCUAGUGGCCACCUAUAUUGCAUGGUCAUUGCUCUCUCUCUCUGUCUCUCUCUUUUAAGGCUCAUCUCUUUCUUGUUCUCUCUAACCGAAAGCAAAGCAAAUAGAUCAUACAGAAGCAAGGAAUAUAACAACUUUCAUGGCAGUUGAAGCUCCGCAUAUAAACCUCUUCCCUUCUUCACAGCUAAUCGCUAAUAGAGAUUUCAAUAUUUACGAUACCCAGAUGGAUUCUGGUCUUGGUUUCAAUGAAACAAUGCCAGCUACGACAAUUUUUCCUUUCUAUCAGUCUCUUGUAUGUGAUCCCAUUUUGGCUAAAUCAUCCAUGAACAAAGAUGACAGUGGACUCACUUACAAUAUUCCCGCUCCAAGAAAAAGGGCUAGAGAUCCAAUCAACGAUUUGGAUUCUUUUGCAGUUUCUCAGAAGAGCAAAUUUUCUUUUAUUGAUGAAGAUAUCCUGUCUCAGAUCCAAAACAACCAAUCUGAGAUGGACAGCUUUGUUGCUGAACAUACUCAGAAAAUAAGAAUGGAGCUUGAAGAGAGAAGAAAGAAGCAAUCAAGAAUGUUGGUAUCAGCAAUUCAAGAAGCAAUAAUCAAGAAAUUGAAGGAAAAAGAUGAUGAGAUACAAAGAAUGGGAAAAUUGAAUUGGGUUCUUCAAGAAAGAGUGAAAAGCUUAUACAUAGAGAAUCAAAUUUGGAGGGAUUUAGCGCAAACUAAUGAAGCCACAGCAAAUUCUCUCCGAAGCAAUCUCGAACAAGUCCUGGCGCACGUUAGCGAGGAACGACACGUCAGCGGUGGUGGUGCUAUGGUAGCAGACGACGCAGAGUCUAGCUGUGGGAGCAGUGAUUAUGGGAGGCGGUGCACGUUAGCAGAGGAGGAAGUGUGGGCGAAGGAUAAGGUGGCGGUGGGGGUGAAGGAUAACAGGAUGUGCAAAAAGUGUGGGGAGAGGGAAUCUAGUGUAUUGUUGCUACCAUGCAGGCAUCUGUGCCUCUGUACAUUUUGUGGGUCCACUCUGCUCGGCACUUGCCCUGUUUGUGAUUCUGGGAUGACUGGUAGUGUACAUGUUAACUUGUCCUGAAAUUUUAGGAGAAAAAAAAAUGAUACUUGUUGGAAAAAUAUUUAAAAAAAAAAAUAGAUCACUGAAAAUUUUUUCAUUA